AUGCCAAAAAUUGUAAGUGGAUCUGUAUCGAUAUUAUCUGAUGCUGGCUUGGGAAUGGCUAUGUUUAGUCUCGGAUUAUUCAUGGCUUUACAACCAAAGAUCAUAGCUUGUGGAAAAUCUGUUGCAACAUUUGCAAUGGCUGUUAGGUUUUUAGCGGGCCCAGCAGUUAUUGCUGGAACCUCUAUUGUUGUUGGUCUUCGGGGAGUUCUUUUACAUGUUGCAAUAGUUCAGGCUGCUCUUCCUCAAGGCAUUGUUCCUUUUGUAUUUGCCAAGGAAUACAAUGUCCACGCAGACAUACUUAGCACCGCGGUCAUUUUUGGAAUGCUGUUAGCCGUGGCCCUUUCAAGAGACUUUAUUUCUCUUGCCUUCGAUCACACUUUCAUCAUGGGAAAGGAAGAAGAAUCAAACAUCAACUCCACUUUUUUCUCCAAUCAACAGGCACACCUCUUCAAUUUGCUUUCUGCGCUCACACCAGAUCAAUGUCAACAACUUAUAGCAGCUAUAUCCAUGGACUUGGCUACGGGAAGGACGAUUGGCUUGGGUAAACAGCGAGGAGGCCUUUACUAUAUGUCGCCGCUAAACACGCCGCUAAACACAACCUCGCUUUCUUGCCAUGUUUCCUACACAUCCAGCCUAUGGCACCAACGUCUUGGUCAUCCCUCACCUGCUCGACUCAAAUUACUUUCCAAUGUGCUUCCUUAUGGCACUCCAAACCCUCCUAUUGUCCCCAUUAUUUCCUCACCUUCCGCUGAUAUACCACAUCCUUCAUCUCAAGAGUCACCAACACCAAUAUCUCUACCUCCUUUGUCCCAUGAUGCCACCCAAGAGGUCCCCACCCAACCUUCCACUACUUUUCCUCCCUCUCUCAAUGAAUCGACCAUCACUGCCUCUCCAGAUGACAAUACUUCGGACCCCACCUCAUCACCUCUUUCUAUCCCUACUAAUCCCAGACAGUCUACUCGACUCCGCCAACCCCCAUCGUGGCAUAAAGACUACCACAUGUCCAACACUAUGUUUACCCAAGUGCAAUUAUCUGACUCUACGCCAACUCCUGUUAAAGGUCAUAGAGAGCCCACCUCAUAUGCCCAGGCUGCUCAUGAUCCUCUUUGGCAGCAUGCAAUGAAAGUUGAAUUAGAUGCCUUGCAACACAACAAAACUUGGAGUCUUGUUCCCUUGCUUGCCGGUCAGAAACCCAUUGGAUGUAAAUGGGUUUACAAAAUUAAGCAUCACUCUGAUGGGACCAUCGAAAGAUACAAAGCUCGCCUUGUUGCGAAAGGGUACACUCAAGUGGCUGGCGUUGACUAUUUUGAAACCUUCUCACCCAUUGCUAAACCUACCACUGUCCGCUGCCUCUUAUCCAUAGCAGCCUCUCGCAAUUGGUUUAUUCAUCAACUUGAUGUUCAAAACGCCUUUCUUCAUGGCGAUUUGGAGGAAGAGGUGUACAUGGUUCCUCCUCCUGGACUUUGCCGACAGGGGGAGAACUUAGUGUGUCGGCUCAAUAAAUCUUUGUACGGUUUGAAACAAGCCUCUCGACAAUGGUUUUUUAAAUUUUCAAGUGCAAUACAAAAGGCUGGGUUUCACCAAUCACAAGCAGACUAUUCUCUUUUCACAAAGGUUCAUGGUAAUUCCUUCACUACAGUUCUGAUUUAUGUGGAUGACAUAAUUCUUACAGGCAAUGAUCCACAAGAGAUGCAACUUCUGAAAGAAUUUCUACUCAAGCAUUUCUGUAUCAAAGAUCUUGGUCUUUUAGGGGCACGCCCUGAUAAAUUCCCAAUGGAGCAACACUUGAAACUCACUCCCACAAAUGGUGAUUUAUUAGAUGAUCCCACAAGGUAUAGGAGAUUAGUGGGCAGAUUAAUCUACCUUACUGUGACGAGACCAGAUAUUCUAUACUCAGUACAGACCUUGAGUCAAUUCAUGCACCAGCCAAGAAAACCUCACUUAGAAGCAGCUCUUCGUGUUCUGAAGUUCAUUAAAGGCACUCUAGGUCAGGGAUUAUUUUUUCCAACUAAUAAUAAUCUCACAUUGAAGGCUUAUUGUGACUCAGAUUGGGCAAGUUGUCCUACCACAAGAAAAUCAAUUUCAGGCUACUGUGUCUUCCUUGGAGACUCUCUUAUUUCUUGGAAAUCAAAGAAGCAAUCAAAUGUUGCUCGUUCGUCUGCAGAAGCCGAAUAUCGAGCCAUGGCAGCCACUUGUUUGGAAUUAACUUGGUUGCGUUAUAUAUUGCAAGAUUUGGGGGUAAAACAAGAUAAGCCAAUUCCGUUACAUUGUGACAAUCAAGCUACUCUCCAUAUAGCUGCAAAUCCCGUUUUCCACGAACGCACGAAGCAUAUUGAAAUAGAUUGCCACAUAGUGCGAGAAAAAUUGUUGUCUGGUAUGAUAUCCACCUUUUACGUCCCUUCUCACCUACAAUUAGCAGAUAUAUUUACCAAAGCUUUGGGAAGGGAACUUUUUAGUUCGUUGAGCAGCAAGUUGGGACUUCACAACAUUCACUCUCCAACUUGA